CCACGUGAUUUACUGUCAAACGUCAAACUCGCGGUUACAAAGCAAAAUAUUUAUUUGAGGUUAUUUGACGAUUUAAACUCAGUUAAAAGCGAUGUCUGCGAGAUACGACCGUGCUAUUACCGUCUUUUCCCCCGACGGCCACCUCCUGCAAGUGGAAUACGCUCAAGAGGCAGUCCGCAAAGGCUCCACUGCUGUCGGCGUCCGCGGGGCUAAAGCCGUAGUUCUCGGCGUGGAGAAGAAAUCCGUCGCGAAACUCCAAGAAGAGCGCACCGUUCGCAAAAUUUGCCUUUUGGACGAUCAUGUCGUUAUGGCUUUUGCCGGCUUGACCGCCGAUGCUCGCAUUCUUAUAAACCGGGCCCAGAUCGAGUGCCAAUCGCACAAAUUGACAGUUGAAGACCCCGUCACGCUGGAAUACAUCACUAGGUAUAUCGCGGGGCUGAAGCAAAAAUACACGCAGAGUAACGGGAGAAGGCCGUUUGGUAUCUCGUGUCUGAUCGGGGGGUUCGAUUACGAUGGAAAGCCCCAUUUGUAUCAGACUGAACCGUCAGGGAUUUACUACGAGUGGAAGGCGAACGCCACGGGGCGGAGCGCCAAAACGGUUAGGGAAUUUUUGGAGAAGUAUUACACCCCAGAAGAGGUCGCCGAAGAGAGAGGGACGGUUAAGUUGGCCAUUAGGGCGCUGUUGGAGGUGGUACAGUCGGGACAGAAGAAUUUGGAAAUUGCGGUUAUGAGACAUGGGGAGCCGUUGGUGAUGUUGGAUAGUGACACAAUUGAAAAGUAUGUAACUGAAAUUGAAAAGGAGAAAGAGGAAGAGGCCGAGAAGAAAAAGCAGAAAAAAUAGACUUUUUUAAUUACUUAUUGUGGUUCAUAACUUUUUCAAUAAAUUUUUUUCGCUAAA